AUGGCCGGCGUGAAUGAGAGCAAACAAGAAGCGCAUCUCCUUGAGAAGACCAAGAUCGACAGUCUGAUCCUCUCCCGACCCAACAUCCUUCGCAAGAAGCUCCCGAUCUUGAGGAGGAUCAUAGACGCUUGCUUCCAUGACCCCUGGAUCUCUGUGCAGAGUACAAGAGGGAUCUUGAAGGUCACGUUUUCAGAGCUCAUGGACAUCUGCGAUGGGAAGUUCCCGCCCUUGUUGAGCGACCCGAUCGAUGAUGCCAAAGCGUUCUUUGAGCUCCUCAAGGAGCAAGCCGUCUCUGUUCUUGCACACCUUGGAGAUGCUCCGAUGAAGUUGUCGACAUUCGAUCAUACGUCACUGGUAUACGCGUGCAAUCAUGAAGCUGUCCCACGGAUCGCGGAAUGGAACGACGAGAUGCAUGGAUUGUUGAGGAACUUGAUCUACUUCGGCAGAGAGAACAUGGCCAGAGACAGUGAGGUUCAACUGGUUGACAUCUUGUAUCAUAUCCAAAAGUGCGUCAAGAGAAAGAAACAUUCCUCGGAGAUCCAGGAGCUCGAGCACGAGGGGGAGACGGGGUUUCAAGACACUGAGGGCAAGCGGAACGAGCACAGGAAAGCCCUCAGAAACAAGAUCUGGUCUUCUGUUCUUGACAGCUGCUCGACUCGCGUCAACCUUCCCAGCAUCGUUGCCGCUUGCUGGCUUGCCUGCCCCAAUCGUGCUGACCUGCAGCUGGGCAGGUCCUCCCUCAUGGCGUUGAUCAAGGGGACGAAAGAACACGCGAUGGCACGUCAGAAGCACAGAAACUGCGAGAAGAUCGGAAUCAAUUCCAUCGGAACCAUGAACCAAGUCUCGACGUUGAUCUCUUCGAGCUGUUCUGCGCAGAGGAUGAACGAGGCGCUCUGGCAACUCGAGAGCAACCUAAAGAACGUCAACAACGAGCACCACAGGAUCCAGUCGACCAUCGCCUCCUUCCAUGAAGUCCAUGGCGAAGAAUCGCAAAUCAGUCGACUGAAGCAGGAGCUGAAGAUUUUGGACGCGACGGCUCAGCAGCAAAGGAGGGGAAUACUCAGUCUACACACUGAGAUCCAAAACUUCAUUGCAAAGCAUUCUUACUGUCAGAACAACGCUCUUGUGGAGUCGAAGCUGAACAGGAGCAAGGACCUCAAGAGCUAUCGGUUAGCAGACGCGGGCUUCCUCAAGCUCAUCCUCCACUGCUGGAUGUCUCUCGUCCCCCACUCCCAGAGCGUCUCUUCCUCCUGGUCGCAGCCCAAGUUCUGGCUGGACCAGCACACAGGAAUCAUGCGGCUCCUUCCCCGCCUGACUCCCGAUCCUCACUCCAGCCAAGCGAAGGGGUGA